AUGGAAAUUAAUAGAAGAACAAAUUCAAAUCAGAUUAUACAGUUUAACAAAUUGCCAUUUUAGAUAUUCUGUAAUUAGAUCCUAAACAAUAUUCAUUUCUAAUUAUUAAAACAUCUAGGUUAAUUUAAUAAAGAUUCUUGUAGAUAACUUGAUAAAUAUUUCAAUAAAGCUAACAAAUAUUAAGUUGAAAGACCAGGAAUGGUGUAAUGCGGUUUAUUUAAAAGAUAAUAUUAAUAAUAUCAUGAUUGUAAAUCUUGGUUGGAUUCCUCAAAAUUAUUUAGACAAAAUUGGAUUUUUAGAAAGAAUUUAAUUAAAUGAUAUGAGUUCUGUGAUUAAAUUACCAGAACAUCCUGAUCAAAAUAAAGAAUAAUAUCUUAUGAAUACAUUUAUUGAUCUUUAACUAAUUGCUAAAGAAAACUAACUCAAUUAAAAAAUCUACUAAAUUAUAUUCAGAAAGAUUAUCAGGCACUUUUAAUGAA